AUAUUAUAAUACAUUAGAGACGGUCUCAACCAUUCCAGAUAACCUAACCUGAAUUAUAAUUCAACUAAAACUCGGUAAUAAAUACAAGCCAUUAUAAUUUUGGUGUUAUGGAAAGGUUGUAAUCUACAUGAAACCAAUAUGAAUCGCCUUUUUCUUAAGGGAACCAUAUGUGGCUGGACUCACUUCCGGUAAAUAAUUUGCAGUAUGAAGAAGGAGCAAGUUGUAAAUUGUCAGUUUUCGGUCUGGUAUCCGAUAUUUAAGAAGCAUACUAUCAAAAGUUUGAUUCUCCCACUGCCUCAGAAUGUAAUAGAUUAUUUGCUGGACGAUGGAACACUAGUAGUUUCUGGAGGGGACAACAACACUCAGCAUAACCAGACCAACAAUAGUGACUCAGAGGAGGAAGACGUUCAGUGGUCAGAUGAUGAGACAACCACCACUGUAACAGCUCCAGAGUUCCCAGAAUUCAACUCUAAAGUGCUGGAGGCCAUCAACACCCUAGGUGGGUGUGUCUUUCCCAAACUGAACUGGAGUGCACCGCGGGAUGCUAACUGGAUUGCUCUGAACAGCUCCCUGCAGUGUCAGAGUCUGAGCGAUAUCUUCCUGCUCUUCAAGAGCUCUGACUUCAUCACCCACGACCUCACACAGCCAUUCCUUCACAGCAGUGACGAGAAUUCUCAGAAUCCAGCCAUAAACUAUGAGCUGGUCCUGAGGAAGUGGAGUGAGCUGCUACCUGGUGGGGAGUUCAGGUGUUUCAUCAAAGAGAACAAGCUGAUCGGGAUCUCCCAGAGAGACUAUACCCAGUACUACCACCACAUCUCCAAGCAGGAAGCCCAGAUCUGCCACUCCAUCCAGGAGUUCUUCAGCCAACACGUCCAGUAUCAGUUCCUGGAUGAGGACUUUGUGUUGGAUGUCUACAGAGAUAGCUGGGGGAAGGUGUGGCUGAUCGAUCUCAACCCCUUUGGUGAGGUGACAGAUUCACUGCUGUUCACGUGGGAGGAGCUUACCUCCGGGAACAGCCUGUCAGCCAAUCAAGAGCAGGGUGACACAGCCCAGCAGGAAGGCCCUGUGUUCCGCUACACCACCAGUGAUGUGACGGUGCAGCCCAGUCCCUGUCUGCGCUACCGGAUCCCUAGGGACUUUGUGGACCUCUCCACUGGCGAGGACGCAUACAAACUCAUCGACUUCCUCAAACUGAAGAAACGCCAGCAAGAGGACUCUGAGGAAGAGGUGGAGGAAGAGGUACGACAGUGACAGCCCCUGAGGAGCAGGGUCUCUACACGGUGACUUUUCCCUCAGACUGUUAGCCUAGCAUAACAAUAACCCUAAAACUGUAAGGCUAGCGUUAGUGGUUAGCACAGAGACUACUAUACACAUGGAGGUUUGUCCUUAUCAGCUCUUGAAUCUUCUGAUGGAAUCCAUACACUUUUUGGUCAUCACCUUAGACCUAUCCAGAAUGCUGCAGAUAGAAAUGUAUUGAAUAGAACAAACACAACAAACCAUAAUGAGGAGAAAAGCAUCAUGACCGCUCUAUGCAAUAUAUUUCUACCUGCAACACUGUAAAAGUCCCAUUAAAUCUCAUGGUUGUGUGUAUUUAAGAGGGGAGUUCUAAGCAGUGCCCCUGUUCUAUUGGCCCGGUGUGUCUUAUGUAAAUAUAAAUGCUGUAACUUAACAUUGUGUAAAGGUAAGGGGUGUCUGUUACAGGAGUCUGUGUAUAGGAAUAAAGAAUGCUCAAAUUUAUAAUACAGCGCUGGGGAAGAGACGUGUCUUAGUUUGUGUAUAGCAGGUACAUCAUGGGAUUGCAAUUUCUGAGGGAGAUACCCAAAGGGUCAGAGUUUUCUGACUUAAUCCACUAAACUUUCUCUCUUCACACACACCAAAUGCACAUUUUUCCAUGUGCUUUCUGAUGGUUUCGUUAAGACACACAUCUGUAUGUAAUAGCAAUACAAAGGUUUACUCACAAAGUCUCUGUGAAACAGUAUUUCAAACAUUCCAGUUUCUUACUUACUCUCUCUGGUCGUUAUAGUUCUAUCUAUGUUAUUGUAGAAUUAGUUUUGAUUCUUAUCAUUGGUUUAUUUUCUAUGUGCUGGCAAAGAGAGGUGUUCUGAUGGGGUAAUAAAUUGCUGGUGUGUGCUC